CAGCGCCGAGCGCAAGCCGAUAUCCCAGUCAAUCGUGUUCGCAUACUUAGAGUGCUAAACACGGCGACUGAGCCUUCCAGGAAUCAGACAGAGCCGUCAACCGUCUUCCUACGACCCGAAUCCACCCUCCGCCGUGCCGCCGUAACUCGAAAAGCAUGUCCCGGUAGCAAUGCUAGCGCUUUGGUCCCGGGCAGCGCGAAACCCGGGUACCUGUAGAUGCAUAUCAUGCGUCUCCAAUGCCUCCGCCGUCGGCAGCCGAGCCGGCGUAGCCGUCAAGGGGCCUUGGGCUUUCGGAACCCCAACAUCGACCUUUUUCUACACUGCUAUAUUCGCCGCCGGCAUUGCGAUUGACGCAACAGUGAAGCGCAACAGGAACGAGCAAUGGGAUGCGGCUUUUGCGCUUCUGCGCGAAGAAAUGAGCCAGCCGGCCACGAGGCGGAGGAAACAGCUGGUUGAUGAUGAGCAACACCAUAGCAUGGGCAGCGCAGACUUCAGACCAGUUGAAGAGCUAUUCCCAGAGGGUGUGCCUUGGGACAUAAUAUAUCGGUCAUCGGGGACGCAAUUGGUCGACGACCGAGCCUCUCAUAAUCUUCAGUCCGAUUUCGAUCUCGAGCACAUUUCGGAGAGCUUGUGGGGCCUGUUGCCCUUCGACUCAAGAUUUCCUGGAACGCCGGCCCUGGAAUGGCCUGCAAAUUCCGGCCGCGAUCUCGUCAAGCACUACCUGCCACCUCAAUCCCUGUGGUCGCCGGAGCACAUGCGUUGGACAGCUAUACGCAAAAGACAGACGUGGAAGAAAUUGGCAAUUCAAGAGCUUUCGGUGGGCAUGCUCAUCUAUGCCUUGCUCGAGCAUGCCAAUGUUUCUCGGCUGCCACAAGAUGCCUUGGCAUCGCUGUCGCCACAUAUUAGAACAGUGGCUUUACUAGACGAAAGGUCGAACAAGAGCAGUCGGCGCGAGAUUCUCGAAACCGUUGAGAAACUUCAAGCGCUUCCCGUAGAUGCUUCGGCUGAGCAGAUCACCAAUGCCAAAGUCCACCCGAACAGGCCUGCAAUACCGCAAUACUAUCAGGACAGCGACGGUGACUAUCACCAUAUCUGCCAGCAAAUGAACACAGCCAUCAAGUACCUCCUGAAGGGGAGCGAGGACCCGGUAAAGAAUGAUGACCAAGUAGCUGCAGCUGCCGCCAAACUUUGUCACAAUCUUCUGGUGUCUUCAGCAGCGCCCGACCUUCAAACCUUCAAUAUCUUGAUUUCUGGUUUCAAGCGAUGGAGACGUCCAAACCUAAUCGACGAUGUCAUCGCCGCGCUCUACGCAUGCAAAAUCCGCCCGAAUGAGAUCACUUGCGCUGCCAUUCUCGACCACUUCAUCCAAACAAACCGUCCUGACAGCUUCAGUCGAUUUGUGGCCAAGAUGAGAGGUGCCGAUGACGCUCUCAUGUUAGCUAAUCCGGAAAUCACAAUCAAUGAGAAAGGGCAAGACCGCCUCAUCCGCGUCAAUGAGACCAAAGUCUACCAGAAGGUCCAUCCAACGCCUAUGGUCUUCAACGCCCUCAUGCUCGGCGUGCUCAAAUUCGCCGGGUUCGAGCGCGCUCUAGAGAUCUAUUACGAGAUGAAAGAAGACGGCUGGGGCCUCGAUGUCCUGGGGCUCGCCCACUUCCUGGACGACUGCAUUAAUCGAGUUGACUGGCACGGCGGCCUCUUCAUCUGGGAAGAAAUAAGCAGCAUCAGGCGCCGCGUUCAGCCUAGCCAUAUGGCCAUAGCAUAUUCCAAAAUGCUGAGCCUGUGCUCCGUCACGGGUAACACGGUCGCUUUCAAUCGCGUAUUGAACGAAGUUGUCCGGCGCGGAUUUGAUCGGCAAAGGGUUCUGAGAUCGGCCAUGAAGCUGACGCACAUUGCACAGAAUAAGCCAGACUCUUUGGCUCCUGCUUGGACGGCGGAUAAUCUGCUUAUUGCUGUAUCGGGAUACGUAGGGGAUGGUACUUCUUCAGAACCAGAGGGGGGUCCACUCGAAGGAGCCGAUCCGUUUCAACCAAUGCCGGAGAGCGAGGCCACAAAGUCCGAAGACCCAAUAUUCAAAGAUCCCGACGAAACGUGGGCAACAUGGAUGGAGCAUGAACUUGGAGAACCGCUGAGAAAGAGCCCUUGAAAACAUGCUGCGUCCAAUGAGGUUGUCUACAGCGAGAAGCUGAGAACCGCCGGUCAAUGAAGCCUAGGGGUCCUUGAGGUAGUCUC